GGCAUUAGCCCCGUUUCGAACGUUUCCCGUUUCCCUCCUUUUCAUCGACCUGUCUCUUCCGCCAUUUUCAUGGCGGAGCUUCGCUAGCGAAGGAGGUUCCCGGAGUCGAAGGUUAGACUAGACGGCGGAGGUUUACGGUUUCAUGACGGCGACAGAAGGCACGGCAGCCAAAAACCAGUGUCAUUUAUUCGCGAAGUUGGAAGAAAGGGCAGUGGAAAAGGGAAUAAUGAGUUUCCUGCUCUUUUCAUCUUCCUGCCCAUUGUUGUUAAAUCCUGCUACUCGAUAGGGAACGGAGGCGUGUGAUGAGACCGAUAAAAUGGGGGAAGUGGAACACCGGGCAGCGGCAGGGCGGUCUGGGGGUGGGGGUAUAAGCUCAGAACAACGAGCCCGGAUCAGCCAAAACUACAGGGCCGCCAAGGCUCUUCUUGAUCGCAAGAGGUGUGGGGCGCCGCCUUAUUCUCCGACGAGUCCCACCAUUCAUCAGGCUCUGCCUCAGUCCAAAAAGCUGGUUGCCGAUCAUGGCGCUGGAUUUGAGCGUGGGCCUCUUGAAUCCAGAAGAUGCAAGAGCAGUGUGCCACACAAGCUAUUUGAAGUCAAUAGAGUUCCUUUCCAAGAAAUGGAGGCAAAUACAUGCAAGCCAAAAUUAGGAAAUCCAAGAUUGUCAUCACAUACCAACUUUGGAGUGUCCCAGCCUGGAACAUGGUUAAUCCCCUGCAAUAAAUCCUCAAUUCAUGAUAACCUCAAGGAAACAAAAAAAUCUGAGGAAGUUCCAAGGACAGUUCCAACUAUUGAUUCUCCAUAUUCAUGUGUUUCUUCAAAAGACUCUUCACAAGAUUCUGGAAAUAAUUUGACUCCUUUGAAUUCACCAAUGGAAGAUUUUGAUGAUUUAUUUUUGCAAGAAAUUGAUACAAUUCUUGGACAGAAAUAUUUGGAAGGACCUGAAUUCAGAGCAGCCAUACAAAAUGGUUGCGUUGAGCAAUCCAUGGAUCCUUAUGCUAGCCCCUUUAGGCCACAAAGUGUUAUUAAUCAUGGUUCCACUGAUACGAGUGAUAUGAGUACCAAAACUUGGUUGCUUCUUCAAGAUACCCAUGUACGUGCCUCUGCUCAGGAUGUACCUGAAAAAGGUAUCGAGACUCUACCUGACUUGGUAAAAGAGGAGCCUGAGAUUUUGGCACACGAGCUUACUGCAGAUGAUGUUAGACAAACUACUGGUGCACAGAUUGUGGCCUCUGCCUGCGAAUGGACUGUGUCCUCCAAAUGUGUUUCUUCUGAUAGCUCUUUGGAAGAGCCAUGUUUCAUGGCUAAUCAAAAUCAAUCCACAGAUGACUCGUUUUCUAGAUAUUUUCAAACGCUAAAUGACAUGCAAAGGGAGGCUGCCACUAGUAAUAUUACAGUCCCUUUGAUGAUUGUUGCAGGGCCAGGGAGUGGAAAGACAUCAACAAUUGUUGGCCGUGUAUUGAUGCUCUUGAAGGAGGGAAUUGCUCCAUCCAACAUACUGGCAAUGACUUUUACAACAGCUGCUGCGUCAGAAAUGAGGGAGAGAAUAGGAACCUUUGCAGGAAAGUCUAUUGCUAAAGAACUCACAAUCUGCACAUUCCAUUCACUUUGUUUGCAGCUUUGCCGUGCACAUGCUGAGAAGUUUCAACGUACACCUGAUUUCUCAAUUUAUGGAACUGGGCAGCAAAGGCGAGCCGUAAUCGAGGCUGUGCGCUUGAUGGAGAUGGGUAAAAAGAUUAAAAAGAAAAAUAUGGAUCAAAAUGUUCAGGAGAAUUCUACUGAAAAGGAUUUUUCUGUGGUCUCCUUUAAGGACAAUUCCAAGAAGUGGCAGAAAUUUGUAGCAAUGGCCAAGGCUUCUGGGAAAACUGUUGAAGACUACCACAAUAUGGGCUAUGAGCAAGGGGCUGAGAUUCUUGGGCAUUACGAUGACAUUUUAAAAUCUUGUAAUGCUCUGGAUUACUAUGACUUCAUCAGCUUAUCUUUGAAGUUACUGACCGACUUUCCUGAAGUGCACAAGCAAUGUCAAGAUCUAUGGAAGGCAAUAGUGGUUGAUGAGUUCCAAGAUACAAGUGCUCUGCAGUACCACCUUCUGCGAGUUCUUGGUUCCCAUAAUCGUAUCACUGUUGUUGGAGAUGAAGACCAGUCUAUUUUCAGCUUCAAUGGGGCAGAUGCUUCUGGAUUUGAUUCAUUUCGCAAAGAUUUCCCUUGUCAUAAAGAGGUUAGGUUACAAAAAAACUAUCGCUCUACACGAUGUAUUGUUCAGGCAUCAUUGUCCCUGAUUCAGAAUAACAAAGGAAGGUGCCAUCUGAAGCAAGUGUUGACUGAUAAUGAUCCUGGAUCUAAAAUUAGCAUCAUAGAGUGCCACAGUGAGGAUGCUCAGUGCUCAUUUGUUAUUGAUAAGAUCAUGGAAAUGACACCAGAUCAAUCUGUUGGUAAAUGCUCUUUUGGGAGUAUUGCUGUGCUCUAUCGGCGCCAGGUCUCUGGAAGAAUGUUUCAAUCAUCCUUCCGGACAAGGAAAAUUCCUUUCAAUGUCCAUGGUGUGGCCUUCUACAGAAAAAAGGUUGUUAAAAUUAUCAUGGCCAUGCUUAAAACAGCCUUGCCUGGUUGUGAAGAUGGCCCUUAUCGUCAGGUUUUUAAGUCCUUAUUUCCUGGGGAGAAGGCGGAAAAGAAAAAGGUUGUUGACUAUAUUGACAAGGUGUCUGCCACAAGAAAAUGUAGUUUCUUCUCAACUGCCUGUGAUGUCUUUACAGCAAAAGUUUCUGGCACUUUCACAAGGAUUCAACUUAGUCAUGGGCGUAAAGUAUUACUUACCCUGGAUAUGAUAUCCAAACUUGUUCAAAGGGAACAAUCACUUUCAAUGGUUAUUAGUUCUAUUGCAAACUUAAUACCUCAGAAAUAUCUUCUUGAUCAACGAGCUGUCAUUGAUGCUGAUGGUGGGAAGUUGUUGAAUGAAGACAGUGACCUGAGGAAUGUUAUCCAGUAUCUACUUGAUGAUGUGUCUGAGUUUCUGUGCAUGCAAUGCAAUGCAAUAGGAUCAAAAGAUGGGACUGCAGGAAAGGAAGGUUGCAUAUAUGUUCUUAAAAUGUUUAUUGAUUAUAUAUCUGGAAGGGAGAAUGAUAAUUUUCGCUCGAGACGGAUUGACAAUGAGAAUUCUGUUAGUUUGACCACAAUCCAUCAGUCAAAAGGUUUAGAGUGGGACACUGUUUUCAUCAUUAAGGCAAAUGAUUCUGAAAUUCCAUUAUUGCAUGAUGCGGACAGAUUUGGUGAUAAUUCAGGCAGUGUUGAGGAGGAGCGGAGACUUCUCUAUGUUGCAAUGACUCGUGCUCGAAAGAAGCUAUACAUAUUAUAUGCCCUCAUGGAUGCUAAUUGGCAGGUUCUUCAACCGUCACGAUUCUUGAAAGAAAUUCCUCCACAUCUUCUUGAGAUUCAGGAUGGCUCAUUGUUGAAGAAACUAUCCAUGUCAUUACCAAAAGAUCAGACUGGAACACCAGUAUACAAGAAUCACAUGUUACCUAAAGAUCAGACCACGACACCAGUAUAUAAAAAUCACGUUUUCCCAAAAGAUGAGACCACAACACCAGUAUACAAGAAUCACAUGUUAGAAAUUAUGCAAAAGGAACCUGAUUCAGAUGACACUAAAAAAUAUCCACUUGUGGAACCCAUAGAGAUUUUUCCUGAUAACCUGGAUAUUGAUGUUUUCAAAUAUGAAAACAAAGAUACAGAUGCAUGCAUCGGGAACCAGUUCCUUCGAAGGUUUAAUGUGGAGGACAGAUCCAGUGUGUCCCAUUUAUUUCAUACAUGGGCAAAGAAGCAGGCAUUUCAUGACCCAAAGCGGUUACUUGAUAAAGUUGGAUAUGUAGUUGAUGAGCGGCUUCGGAAUAAGAAAAGCAAAAACAAGACUGUUUUGCAAGCUCUACGCUCCUCAUUGAAGUGUGAUGAAGCUUUUCAGUAUGCACAAUAUGUCCUGAGCUGGGAAGAAAUUCCUGCAGAUAAGAGAGCUCAAAUCAUGCAUGAGAAACAAGAGUAUUUUCAGAAAUUGAGAAUUGAGGCAUCAAUGAGUUCAUCAGCAGCUACACCCAAGCAGAUUUCUUAUCUCCAGAAGCUUGGAUGCGCAAUCACCCCAACCUCCCGUCUUCAUGCAUCUAAUUUGAUAGAGCAAUACAAAUCUCUUUAAGAGGAUCUGUUUAGCACAGAUCCAGUGACUGCUGUUGGAAGAGAGAUUCUGAAGAUCUUCCUGAUUGCAGAUUUGUUUCAUCGGAAUUCUGCAAUGGAGACACUCGUAUCAUUUUUCACCAUAGUGGAUAAGCUGUUCAGUGUACAUACAUUUCGUAAACAAUUGUCUUAUUAGAAACCUCCCCCAUGGUGGAAAAGCUUUUCUGGGGUAUGGUUCAGUAAGAUUAAUGUAUUUACUCAAACGAGUUUCUUUA